AUAAAUUCAUGUACUCAAUCAUAUUAACAAAACGGGAGGCAGAGAAGAGACAAGAAUGAGUUGUGUAGAUGGUAGAAGUUGCCUAUCUUCAAUCUUCAAAUGCCCUCUUGAAACUGAAGUUUUGUUUGAGAAGAGGAAAUCAACAUGCAAUCUCAUGCUCUCCAACACUCACUUCUUCAAAAUGGCUAGACUUUCAUGCAAACUAUCAGACAAUGAAACUCGAGGAAACCCCUCAAGUACAGAAGUCUCAUUCAGAAGCAAAACCAACAGAAUGGAAGAGUACAACAUUGCCAUGAAGAAAAUAAUGAGAAACCCUUAUGAGUAUCACCAUGAUCUAGGCAUGAACUACACCCUGAUAACUGAUAAUUUGAUCGUGGGUUCUCAGCCCCAGAAACCUGAAGAUAUUGAUCAUCUGAAAAAGGAAGAGAAUGUUGCCUACAUACUAAACUUGCAGCAGGACAAGGACAUUGAGUAUUGGGAAAUUGAUUUUCAGCCUAUAGUGAAAAGAUGUCAAGCAAUUGGAAUUCGUCAUAUGAGAAGGCCUGCAAAAGAUUUUGAUCCGGAUUCAUUGAGAAAUCAAUUACCUAAAGCGGUCUCAUCAUUGGAAUGGGCCAUUUCUGAGGGGAAAGGAAAAGCAUAUGUGCAUUGUACUGCCGGAUUGGGAAGGGCUCCAGCUGUUGCAAUUGCUUACAUGUUCUGGUUCUGUGGCAUGAAUCUGAAUACAGCAUAUGAUACACUAACUUCAAAGAGACCUUGUGGACCUAACAAAAAAGCAAUACGUGGAGCUACUUAUGAUCUGGCUAAAAACGACCCAUGGAAGGAGCCCUUUGAGAAUCUUCCAGAAUACGCUUUUGAGGACAUAGCAGACUGGGAGAGGAAAUUGAUUCAAGAGUGUGUCCGUUCCCUCCGUGGAACUUGAGCAUUUAGGUAAUUAUCUCCGUCCUAGAAUUCAUCCAAGACAUAGUGCUUUGCUCCCAAUAUGGGGAUCUCUUCAGUGAAUACAUCUUACCAUUUAAAAACUAAUUAGUCAAUUCCUUACAAUGACUUUUAUUAUGAGUUGUUUAUGUAGCUAGGCGAUAAGCCACGGUUAUCCAAACAGCUUCAUUCUUGAUCACUAUUAGAUCCUUAAUAAGCGAUAAAACAUCGACACCUUUCAGUUUGGACCAAAUUUGGGCAAAAAACUUUUAUGUGAUUGAAAGGAUAUCUGAAAUUCUUUUUGUUAGUGUUGUAUAAUAGGAGCUUUUGUUAGUGCUUUGAAGUAAUUUGCAUGCUUGACAGGCUUCAUAGUUAUCAGAAGUUAAAAACAUAAUGAAGCAACUAGAGAUCAAUAUUGUGAUGCCCAGGGCUGAGAGGGAAGUUGGAGGAGCAAGUUCAUGGCAGUGCUCAAACCAGAAAAUAGCUAGAGCUAAGAGUAGCUCUGGCCAGUCCAAGAGGAACUGUGAAUUUAUAAAUCAAACAUUAUAUCGCUACAUAAUAAGCUUCAAUUUCAAAUUACCUUAUUAUAUUUUUUAUCUUUCUUUAAAUAAAAAUUUAGGUGCCAUAGUUAAAGUUGAUUCAAAAGGUUUAGCGGCAAUAAUCUGUAAUCUAAAGUUAUAAAUCUGCAUUAUGCAAGUCUCGAAUGUUGUUUCUGAAUGAGAUUAUUUAGUUCUUUCA